UUGUACAUGAAAACAAUAAGCGAAAUGUUCUUAUUACAUACUGAGGUUUAAACAUACAUUGGAAGUGCUUAUAUGUAUUAGCAUUGAUAAAGCUAACAGCUGUUUAUAAAUACGUAUAUUUAGUCUGUAUUUGGUAAAGCUUUGGUAACCAAUAACCAUAGGCACCAAACCUGGGGUGGCAGGGUGGGCAGGACAACCCUGGAAUUUUUUUCUACUCUAAUCAGUAAACAUUACAAACAAUUUGGAUUUGUUUUAUAGAAUUGCUUGUCUAACUAUCCCUUGCCUUCCCUGUGUUUUAAUUGUUUGGUACCAAGGGUAGGUAAGUAUAUAAUAAGCAACAGAAAGUUACAAACUUUAACAAGCCAGUAUCACUGUGUAAAGACAAUUACAUGAGAAUUGAUGAAACAGACGCACCAUACAAACUAUUACAUUACUUGUUUAUCAAAAACACAAAUUACACUCAAUCAGAUAAACUAUUGCUGAAGAAAUGUUCACGAAAUAUCAACUAGUUUGUUAAUGUCACCAUCUUUGGAAUUCGUAAUCUGAGUCUUGAGUAAAAUACAUGAAGAAGCCGAGAAUGGUGAGAAAUGCAACCACGUUACCAGCGAGCACAAACGCGCACGGUCCCCACUGGAUGGCACCGGCGCGCGCGAGAAUGACAGGAAGUCCGAAUGCUGAAACGACGAUUCCUGUUGUGAAGAAAAAAGCGAGUUCCUUGCAGGCCGUGCUAACUGAAUCGCCGUCGGAAAACCGUCGAGCAAUAAAUAUGGGUAUGGGAGCCAUGAAGUAGAACAUUAGGACGAACAGAGGCCAGUAGACUCCAAACUGUGGUAGGACGCAUGACAGCAUGAGGAAGGUAAGCGAUACUGAGCCUGUUAAAGCCAGUAACACUAACCCUUUCAUUGACAUAUUGAAUGUUAUUCACAGUUUCUAAUAUUAAUAUUGGGUCUGUGUCUGUGGGAAUAAAGACAUUUGUGAAUAUGCAAACAGAGAGAGAGCAAUUAUUAAAAAGUUUUCAAACACAUUAACACAAUCCUCCACAAUGUUAUAUGUGGCAACUUGUAAGCGGGUACGAGGUGUAUGAAACAUAACACCCGCGCCGAUAUGCGAGGAUAAAUAAGUUUUAGUUCAUUUAAAAGGUGAAUAGCCGGUAGAAAUUAAUUUAUGCUAGUAACAUAACUAUACAAUAAAUCUUUAAUAUUGUUUAUUUUCUAAGGUAUUUUGACUGCUGCAGUAAGCUUAAGCUAUAAUAAAAUACCUUUGCAUAAAUUUUAAUAAAAGUUUUCAAAACAUAAGAUAAAGUAAGUUGUAUGUUUCGUAGAAAUAUAGUUCUUUAUUGGCGGUAUAUAAUGGGCUAAUCUACAUUACAAGGUUCUAACACAUCUAAGGACUAUGUUUCUUGGUUUCUAUUGACAUUCAAACUAAUUAAAAAUUAACAAAAACUUUCGCAAAAUUUACGCACAUGACAUAAUCAUCUGACUACGUCACCAAAGUAUACCCAAUACUUAGUUAAUGUACAAAUGAUCUCACUAGUGUGAAAAUCGUAUAUUUAACCAACAGUUAAGUUCAAGUUUAAAUUCAACGAAGAAAUAUUACUUAAAUACGAAAGACAACAUGAAUCGGGAUAAUAUUGCCAUAUGGGAAUAUUUAGACGAGUUUUGGAAAAUGUUUUCGGUUAAAAUGUGCCAAAAUAUAGAAGACGGAUACCAAAACUAUAGACAAGGUUCGAGUGCAAACCGUUUAAAGUUGCCAAGGGGAUCUAUUGAUUUUAAAACUAUGGAAUAUUCUUCACAACAACUCAUAGGACCUGGAACUAUCCGUAGAGUAGUUCUCCCAGGCUCAUCAUUGCUUGCACGCAACCACACAUGGCAAUGGAAGUAUAAGAAUGCAUGGGAAAACUACACAGCAGAAGUUAACCAAUUAAUUGAAGAUCAUGCAAACUGGAAUAAACAUCAACCAUUAAAUUUAUCUCAAUAUGAUCCAACAUUAAUGUACAUCAUUUACAUAAACGACCAAAAAAGUGGCGUCCAGCAAAACAAAAACACCGGAUACCAAAGAAAAAUUCGCAAAGAACGUUUUUCAUUCAAAUUCCCAACAACGACGGACAAAGUCACAUCAUCGUUGAGUAACCCUGCAACAAACAGCUAUACCACUACACCUACCCACCAACAAGCCUCCUCAGCUCGACAAAGAAGAACUGCAUCUCGCAACACCCAUCAUUCCAGCCAAUCUUCCCAACACUAUUACUCUAACACACCAUUAUAUACAAUACAACCUGCAACUGCACCAUCGGCAUCAUAUACCACCAACUCCCAUCACUCCAGUCAAUCUUCCCAACACCAUUACUCCAACACAUUAUCAUACACAACCCAACCGGGAACCACACCAUCAUAUACAACCAACUCCCACCAUUCAAAUCCUCGAGCUACUUCAUUCCAGAACAUUUUUUCCACGGACCCAUAUUCAAGCACCACCAACACCCCUGCUCUCAAUGCUAUCAAUUCAUCAUCUGGUGGCAAACAAGGUUUGUUGGAUAAAUUUUCCACUACGCUCACAACGCCACCUAGUGAUGAUUGUGUCAUCUGUAUGACAUCACUAUCAGAUGUUUCUGGAUUCCAAACAUCAGGAGCAACCAACCAGGCAAGCAGUGUGAUUGAACUGAAGACAUGCAAACAUAUAUUUCAUGCAGAAUGUCUCAUUGCAUCCAUGCAAAGUGGUGCAAAUGACAGCUUCACUUGUCCAUGUUGCAAAGUUAUAUAUGGGGUGAAGACAGGAAACCAACCUCCAGGGCAAAUGCAUUGGAGUGUCAUUCAAACCUCAGUGCCUGGAUACGAACCACACCAUACAAUCCGUAUAACAUACGAUAUAAGGGCAGGUAUGCAAACCAAUGAACACCCCAACCCUGGUAGAAGGUACAGUGUACAUGGCUUCCCAAGGAUUGCUUAUCUACCUGAUAACACAGAUGGUAACAAGGUUCUCAGACUACUUGAAGUUGCUUGGAACCGAAAGCUUAUUUUCACGGUUGGUGACUCUGUGACAUCUGGUGCAAAGGACACAGUUACAUGGAAUGAAAUUCACCACAAAACAUCCAUCACUAAUAAACAUGGUCAUGGCUAUCCUGAUCCUAACUAUUUAACUAAUGUCUUGAAUGAACUAAAAGCACAAGGUGUUUCUGAAGACGAUUUGAAAUAAAACAACAAUGCUAUUAUUCACAAAGUGACAUACAUGGUAACUCGUAAGCGGGCACGAGGCGUAUGAAACAAAACACCUGUGUUAUAAAGACUGUCGUUGCCCGCCAUGCGAGGAUAAAUAAGUUACAUAUGCGGGCAUUGAGUGUAUAAAACACAACACAACAACUGUAGUUCCCCCCAACAAGGGUUAAAAAUUACGUUUGUUUAGUAUCUGUAUGUGAAUAUACUAGUGUACCAAAUUAUGCUUUUGCAUUAUUUUUUACCAUAAAGUAAAAAACAUAUUAAAUUUAAAAACUUAAAUAACAGCUCGCAAUUUACUUAUCUGAUCUUUAAUUGUACUGUGAUGUUUUAUAAUGAAAUUCUCCAUAUAAAUAUAUUUGUAUAUAUAUUAAAUUUUGCUAUUUAUUGAAAUUUAUUUAAUUCUGUAUUCUCCAUAUAAAUAUAUUUGUAUAUAUAUUAAAUUUUGCUAUUUAUUGAAAUUUAUUUAAUUCUGUAAGAAAAAUACAAUGAUCAUAUUUUC